CAGCAGCUUCUCGAAGAACAUAAGAAGAGUCUGAGGAGGAAAUGUGAACGUGUGACUGAAGGAAGUGAUGAAGCAGGAGGAGGAAGCCUCCUCAACAGGAUCUACACUGAGCUCCACAUCACAGAGGAACACAGUGAGGAGCUUCAGAGGGAGCCUGAGCUGAAGCUUCUGGAGACAGCUUCCAGGAAGAAGAGCCUCCGUCACUCUGCCAUCAGGAAGAAGAGCCUCCAUCACUCUGCCAUCAGGGUUCAGGACAUCUUCAAAGCCUCGGCCCAGCAGCACAGACACAUCCGAGUGGUUGUGACCAGCGGCGUGGCCGGCAGUGGAAAAACCUUCUCGGUGCACAAGUUCAGUCUGGACUGGGCCGAGGGCCUGGAGAACCAGGAUGUGGGGGUGCUGGUGGUGCUCUCCUUCAGGGAGCUGAACCUGCUGGGAGAGCGGCCGUACAGCCUCCUCUCGCUGCUGGCUGUUUUCCAUCCCACGCUCCAGAAGCUGACGGCAGAGGAGCUGGAUGUCUGCAGGCUGCUCUUCAUCUUGGACGGUCUGGAUGAAAGCAGACUUUCUCUGGACUUCAGCAGCAGCCGGCGGCUGCUUGACGUCUUCCAGCAGUCUUCAGUCAGCGAGCUGCUCACUAACCUCAUCCGGGGGGAUCUGCUGCCCUCGGCUCGGGUCUGGAUCACUUCCAGACCGGCGGCGGUCCAUCAGAUCCCUCCAACAUGUGUGGACAGACUGACAGAAGUGCGAGGCUUCACUGACGCCCAGAAGGAGGAGUACUUCAGGAGGAGGCUGAGUGAUGAGGAGCUGAGCAGCAGGAUCAUCUCCCACAUCCAGACCUCCAGGAGCCUCCACAUCAUGUGUGGAAUCCCAGUCUUCUGCUGGAUCACUGCUACAGUUCUGGAGCACAUGUUGAGCAGCGAGCAGAGAGGAGAGCUGCCCCAGACCCUGACUGACAUGUACUCCCACUUUGUGCUGGUUCAGACACACAGGAAGAAGCUCAAGUACCAUGAAGGACCUGAGACUGGUCCACAGGAGCUGACGGAGGCUGACAGGGAGCUUCUUCUGAAGCUGGGCAGGAUGGCCUUGGAACAUCUGGACAGAGGAAACAUCCUGUUCUACCAAGAAGACCUGGAGCAGUGUGGUCUGGAUGUGACUGAGGCCUCGCUGUACUCUGGAAUCUGUACUCAGAUCUUCAAGAGAGAGUCUGUGAUCUUCCAGAAAGCCGUCUACAGCUUCGUCCAUCUGAGUGUUCAGGAGUUUCUGGCUGCAGUCUCCAUGUUCCACUGUUUCACCAGCAGGAAGACAGACGCACUGAAGACCUUCUUUGGAGAGGAUCAUGCUUUCAGAUCUCUUGAUGAUUUGCUGGUGGUCGUCCUGGAGAAAUCCGUCAGGAGUCAGAACGACCACCUGGACCUGUUUGUCCGCUUCCUUCAUGGCCUUUCUCUGGAAUCCAACCAGAGACUAUUAGAAGGUCUGCUGGGUCGGACAGAGAUCAGUCCAGAAAUCAUCCAGAGAGUCAUCUGGAACCUGAAGGAGAUCAACAGUGAUAAAGUGUCUCCUGACAGAUGCAUCAACAUCUUCCACUGUCUGACGGAGAUGAAGGACCUCUCAGUCCAUCAGGAGAUCCAAGAGUUCCUGAAGUCAGAGAACAGAUCUGAGAAGAGACUCUCUGGGAUCCACUGCUCAGCUCUGGCCUACAUGCUGCAGAUGUCAGACCAGGUCCUGGAGGAGUUUAACCUGUAUAAAUACAACACAUCAUGGGAGGGACGAUUCAGACUGAUCCCAGCUGUGAAGAACUGCAGGAAGGCUGAUCUUCCUGGCUGUGGACUCUCUGAUCCUCACUAUGAAGUGAUCUCCUCAGCUCUGAAGUCUGACCCCUCCCAUCUGAAACAUCUGAACCUGAGUGACAACGACCUGGAGGAUUCAUCAGUGGAGAUUCUGUGUUCUGGACUGGAGAGUCCAAACUGUAAACUGGAGACUCUGAGGUUGAGGAGCUGCAGUUUGUCAGAGAUCAGCUGUUCUUCUCUGGCCUCAGCUCUGAAGUCCAACCCCUCCCUCCAGAAACAUCUGGAACAUCUGGACCUCAGUGACAACGAUGAUCUUCGUGAUUCAGGAGUUUCUCAGCUGUGUGGUUUUCUGCAGAGUCCACUCUGCCGUCUGAAGACUCUGAGGUUGAGGAGCUGCAGUUUGUCAGAGAUCAGCUGUUCUUCUUUGGCCUCAGCUCUGAAGUCCAACCCCUCCCUCCAGAAACAUCUGGAACAUCUGAACCUGAGCUGGAAUGAUCUUCAGGAUCCAGCAGUUUCUCAGCUGUGUGGUUUUCUGCAGAGUCCACUCUGCCGUCUGAAGACUCUGAGGUUGGCUGAAUGCAAGUUGUCAGAGAUCAGCUGUUCUUCUCUGGCCUCAGCUCUGAAGUCCAACCCCUCCCACCUGAAGGAGCUCGACCUGCGUUCCAACCAGCUGCAGGCUCCAGAUGUGCAGCAGCUGGUUGAUCUUCAGCAGAGUCCAGACUGCAGCCUGCAGACUCUGAGGUACAAGGAAGACUUCAAGUACGACUAUGAGGAUGACGAUCAGGAUGACUCUGAGGACGACUGAGAGCAGAGCUUCGUCCAGAGGACCCACCAGAAGCUCCGAGUGUCAGUGGUACAGUGUGAAGAGCUGUGAGAGUCCAGCAUCGAACCAGGGUUCCUCAGGAUGUGACAAAGAUUAAUCGCUGUGUCCCCUCCUCCUCCUCCUCCUCCUCCCUGUUUGAGACAUUCCUCUUUCUAAUCAAUCUCAUCACCUUGUGGGCUCUAAAGAACUGAUGUUGGCUGAAAAUAUAAAAUCAGUUUGUAAACUGAAGUCUGUCAGGAAAUUCCUUGUUAUCAGUCUUUUCAUGUGAUCUGUAAUCCAUUUCUCUCUGAGCUCAGUCAAUACUGAACAGUUUUCAGUAGCUUGAAUUUAAGUGAGCAUAAAGAAGAAUGAACUAAUCUUCUCUGCUCCUUCAUCUCAUGUCAUCAUAUUCUGUCAACAUUGAAAACCAGCAGCAAACAACAGAAACCCCAGAGGAGAACCAGCAGACAACUCCCAGACAGCAGCAGAGUGAGCGGCCUGCAGCCUCUCUGGCUCUUCACACUGCUGCUUCAUAUCAGAUCCUCUUUGUGCUUCUUUGUGUUUUGAUGGUGACUCUGAUCUAAAACAUAGUGAAUGUGGUGUGUGAGUUACAUUCUCCUGAUUCUAGAUCUAGAUUGUUCCAUAACUGGACUCCUUGUACUGAACUGCAACGUUCCCUCACUGUGGUUCUAGAUUUAGGUUUGGUGAAGAUCCCUGUUCCUUCAAGUUGUAGUUACUUUCUCUUUUUUUUUUAAAUCUGCUCUGAAUAUCUAUGGCUGAAGUGUUCUUUGUACUUUAUACAUAAUUUGCAGAAUAUUGUAAUAUUGCAAGAAACUUGCUUAAAACAAUCAAUAAUUCAAGUGAUUACAACAGAAAGACAAACAAAACUGCAACAUUAACCCCCCCCCCCCCCCCUUUUUUUUCUUAUUCUGCUGAAAAAGGAGUGGGAAGAAGAGAACUUGUUUAAUCCCAGUCCAAAGUCCUCAUCAGUCACUUGAUGGUGAAUUUUCAAACGCUUCCUGUCAUCAAGUCAAAGACAGCGAGAACCAGAGAGUAACGGGCUCAACAGCAAGUGUUGAAUAAUGCACCUCGAUGCCCGCGUUAUUCAGGACUCGCCGCCCACAAAGGAGAUAAAUGACGUGACUAUAGCUGACGUUGGAAUCACGAACGCCGUGUGGCCUUCCACACCUCAACGUGAGAGAACCAUAUCAUGAAGCUCCAAAUAGAGUCCCUUGAGAGAAGAGUGGAGCAAUAUCGAACUGCUCUUCAACGUUUCCGCCCCCACAGGAAGCAGUUCCCACUGGACCUAACAAUACCCCAAGCCAUACUGAGUGGUGCACCACUGCUUGUGUCCCUCUGUUUGGUCGUUACAGUCACACGGUUCGUAUUAAUCAUUUAUUAGUGUGUGAACCACGUUAUUAAUCUUUUUGAGUGAAUACUUUUAGUAUAUUCAUACGUGUGUGCUGAAACCAAGUGAAACUAAUAUUUGUGACUCCAGAAGGGCAAACAGGUUUUUAAAGCAAUGAGAGAACGUUGUGGAAACGCUGUGGAGCUGUCAGACAGCUGUCAGGCCACUUUCUUUGGCGUCUUACUGGAACCUGUCGGGAUCAAUUGGAAAUCAGAUCGUUGUCUCUUCAUGGGACUCAAAUAAAUCACGCUUUACUGCAAACAA